UAUAAGUCAGCAAAAAGCAUUGCCAUUUUUCUUAUUUACUAAGCGAACACGUUUGCUGUCAUUUAACUUUUGAGGACUUGGCCUAUAUUUUCUUCAGAGCACUUUACCCACGAGAGUAAUUUGAGACUCUCAGCGUUAGUGUUUUGGUGAGAGAGGCUCAGGUUGAGCUUAACAGAGUUUCUCCCAAACCGGUUGGACGAGACCGCACCUGUGAGCGGAGAAGAAAAGAGCGCUUGUUUGUAGCGCCAGUUCAGUUUACCUUUAAUCUUUGUGCGCAGCGGCCACAAAGCCGAACUCGGUGGACAUUUACGGUUUUCCGUUUAUUUUCUCAGUCUUUGUCAAUCACAACCAUGAAGUCUGUGGUUCUGUUACUUGUGGUGGCGUUUGCAGCGGCGGCAUCGGCUCAGUGUACAUGCAAGAACAUGAAGUGGGCUACAUGCGAUGGGACCCCAUGCCAGUGCAGUGUUAUGGUUGGAGAUGGACAGUCACAGGUCCUUGACUGUGAGAAAUUGGUCCCCAAGUGCUUCCUGAUGAAGGCCGAGAUGUACCGUGCCAAGAAGGGCCUGUCCACCCGCACAGGCGGGAAGCCCACUGAGCACGCCUUUGUGGACAACGACGGCAUCUACGACCCCGACUGCGAAACCACUGGGGUCUUCAAAGCCAAGCAGUGCAACAACACGGAGGAGUGCUGGUGUGUCAACAGCGCCGGGGUGCGUCGCACGGACAAGGGUGACAAGAACCUCAAGUGUGAGAAGCUGGUGGAGACCUACUGGGUCCGCCUUGAGCUCAAGCACAAGCCGAUAACCGGUCAGCUGGACAAGACCAAGCUGAAGACUGGUAUGGAAAACACCAUGCUGGAACGUUACGGCCUGCCAAAGAACUUUGUGGCUAGUGUGGAUUAUGACAAGGAUGGACGUCUCAUUGUGGUAGAUGUUAAGAAGGACAAGAAUGACAAGACACAGGACCUCUCCCGCAUGGCUUACUACAUGGAGAAAGAUGUCAAAGUGCUGCCCCUGUUCCAAAACCCUGCGAAGUUCGAGCCAAGCGUGGAAGGACAGAAGCUGGAGAUGGAGAACAUCCUGGUGUACUAUGUGGAUGCCGAGCCCCCCACCUUCACCAUGAAGAGGCUGACUGGAGGCGUCAUUGCGGUCAUCGUUGUGGUCAGCCUGGCAGUCAUCGCUGGGCUGCUCGUGCUGUUCUUUGCCAGGAGACGCGAGCAGGCCAGGUACCAGAAGACGCAGGUCCGAGAGCUGGAUGAGAUGCAGAAGUCCCUGUCCUGAUUCUUGAAGUGAUGCAGAUUUCAAUGCAAUCCAUCGCCCUCUGAGGGAAGACCCGUUUGCGCUGGAAUAUAAUUAUAUUGUAAAGCUCAUCCGUCAGUUCUUUUGUAUGCAGGUGUACGUAAAGAUGUUGUUUUUGAAUGUUUUUAACCCGAGGGAAGUUUUCUAAAAUCAGUUUUUUGGUGUGCUGUUACUCUCAACGACCGUAUUUAUGAGCUGUUUGGCAAAAAGCUUGUACAAUACUCAAUCUGUCGUCAUUCAUCCAGAAUUGCUGUUCCUAAUUUGUCGUUGAAUGUUUCAUUAUAUUAUGUACAGUUUAGGGAGAGUGGUCUUACUGUUGUGAGUUUUGAUGAAACCAUUUUUAAUAAAAUGAUACAUUUGUCAAAACGUA